UGUUCGGGCUCCUCGGUGGGGUGCUGACCUCCGACAACAUCAUCAGGAAGGACUUUCCUUGCCCUACGACGACGCACGCAGGUCGGUGAUACAUCACGUGCGCUGGUCUCACGUUUGUUCAUUCCGUUUGUUGCGCGGGAGGAGACUGUCGCUCUGCUCUUGUGUGUUGUGUAUGUGCGAGAAUCGCGGAGCGGCCGCGUUCUCCACCGAUUCGACGGCAGGGGGUCCUCUUUCUUCGCCUUUUAUUUCUUUUUCUCCCUCCGCUCUUCUUUCUUCCUGUGUGUGUUUCUUUCCUUCUUUUUGUACAUUUUUUUUAGAGUCGGUAUCAACGAUGACACAGUCGAGAAAGCACGCGUUCGAUCCAUUCGUGGCAUUCGCAUAAGGAUUUUCGACCGUGUUUCGUCGUGAGUCUGACCAUUUAUCACCGUUUCUACUUCACCCUCUCUCCUUCCCUCCUGCCGUCCACCCGCCAGACGGCGCGGCGCGCAUGCUUCAUUAAAGGGAUGUACCGAUACUGAAUGCCAGCUUUUUGCAUUUUCUCGAGCGUGACACGAUUUGACAACCGGUCGGCGUGUGGGCUGUGCGAAACAUUUCGAUCUCAUUUUUGCACGAUCUCAAGGAUCGAACGGACUUUUCGAAUACGUAUUCGGCGUCAAAUGUCAGAUCCUUCGUCUAGGAUCUAAAUAAAUCUAGAUCCUCGAUGUCCACGCCGAUCGGAGCGAGCAAUUCGCAGUCCAGUGCAUUGAUUUCCACCUGAAUCCCCGCUCGAGGCUUUACUCGCACCGUCUCGAGAGAUUCGCGCGGAUCUAUAGAUCGCGCGACAUUCUCGAAAUCUCGUUUCACGCAUUUCCGAUCGCGCGGGAUGCCACGGCAAUCGCGAUCGGCGGUCACCCGAUGAGCAGUCGUGAUCGCGAUUGAACGAAACGCGAUGCUUACCACCGUCGAGGACAGCACCGGCAACGCGGAAGCGACCGCCGCCGCCGUCGGCGUCGCGGCGCAUCACCAUCAUCAUCAUCAUCAUCAUCAUCAUCAGCAUCAGCAGCAUCGCGGCGCCAUCGCCGUCGCCCGGCAUCUGGGCGUCGAGCAACAACAAUCGGAGCGAUCGGCGGCGGCACCGAUCCAUCUGACCACGCCGUACCAUCAGGUCACCAUCGCCGCGGACACCAACAACAAUCACGACCAUCAUCGGAAUCUCGAGCAUCACGCGGCGCAACGUCACGAUCAUUGGAACAAGUGGCAACUGCAUUCGCCGAACGGCGAUAGCGACAACAGCAACGGUAGCCAGCGUGCGGUGGCUGUUACUCGCAGCGAGGUAGAGCAGCAGCAACAGCAACAGCAACAGCCACAUCGCCAACGGCAGCAGCAACGUCAGGCGACCGCUACCGUUCCGGUUCUCGCCUGCACUAAUCAAUCAUCUAUAACUACACCCACGACCGCCUUCACGGUGGCAUCAAGCAUGCUUCUUUUGCAAACACAGAGCUCCUUCGGAUGUAGCAGUUUCGCAGAAUUGCUGAGUGGUCCUUAUACAGACCCUGCGGAUGCCGGAAGCUUGCCUGAGGAGCUGGAUCCCUUUCCGGAGUUGCAGCUCGGAAAUCCGCAAGGCGUAUCUUCGGUCGAUGAGUCUGCUCAGUCUCACCAAAGUGUACACCAUCAACAGCCAUCGCAACCACCACCACCACCGCCACCUCUCCCCGAGGACAUCCAAACCGACUCUCUUAGUCCUACACCCUUGCCGAGCUUCCAGGAGACCUAUACAGUGCAGCGAUAUACCAGACAGGAACUCCAGAGUCUUGGCAUCAAGAUGGAUGAUGAAUGUUACGAUACCCCAGUAUAUCCUUGCACCACCACUCACUAUCCGACCGAAUUCCCGGCUGCAGUAUCCUAUCACCAACAGCAACAGCCGCAGCAGCAGCAUCCUCAUCAUCAUCCGUCGCACCAUCAACAACAGGCUCCGCAUCAUCAUCAAAGUUACUUUCCUACGGAAUCGGCGCCCACUCCGGCAACGGCAGUCGUUCCAUCCUCGAAUCAUCGACAGGAUUCAUCUUAUGGUGUGGCUGUCACCGUGCCUAUGGUUUAUGGGGCACCGUCAGCCAUCGCCAAUGUCACCACUCCCGUAGCUCCUACUGAUCUCUGUCCCAAUGUCGACGCUAACGUUGUAAUUGGCACCACUAGGUCGCGAAGGCCGUCGCUGCCUACUCAGAGAUCAGAGUCGGCAAGAUCAAUGCGCGUCCUGUAUCGUGUUAACAGUAGUGGGAGCACCGAGUCCCCGAAGCCGCGCGGCAGCGGUGGCACCGCCGGCUCCACCGUCAGUUCGCCGUCACCCGGAAGCGGUACCAGUGGAGAACGCGCGCCCCCGAGCCCGAGUCAGCUCUGCGCUGUGUGCGGUGAUACCGCGGCCUGUCAACAUUAUGGCGUGCGUACUUGCGAGGGCUGCAAGGGCUUCUUCAAGAGGACCGUGCAGAAGGGCUCCAAGUACGUGUGCUUGGCCGACAAAGCCUGCCCGGUGGACAAGCGCCGGCGAAAUCGCUGCCAAUUCUGCCGGUUCCAGAAGUGCCUGAUGGUCGGCAUGGUCAAGGAGGUUGUUAGAACAGAUUCUCUGAAAGGUCGGCGAGGCAGAUUGCCUUCAAAGCCCAAAUCACCGCAGGAAUCUCCACCGAGUCCACCAGUUUCCUUGAUUACGGCUCUGGUUCGUGCACAUUUGGAUACAACGCCGGACAAGGCGAGUCUCGAUUACUCGCAAUACCAACCACCGAGACCGGGCGACCCCCCGAUGACCGAAGCCGAGAAGAUUCAACAAUUCUACAAUCUGUUGACUACCUCGAUCGACGUCAUUCGUAACUUUGCCGACAAAAUCCCAGGAUUUACGGAUCUAGUGAAGGAAGAUCAGGAUUUGCUCUUCCAAUCAGCUAGCUUGGAACUGUUCGUGCUCAGGUUGGCGUACCGCACGCAUCCGGAUGAUACGAAGCUGGUGUUCUGUAACGGCGUAGUCUUGGCGUUGGAACAGUGUCAGCGUAGUUUUGGCGAAUGGCUGCACAGCAUUCUCGACUUCUGUAAAGCCCUUCACUUCUUGGAGAUCGACAUCAGCGCCUUCGCCUGCCUGUGCGCUCUCACCCUCGUCACUGAGAGAUACGGAUUAAAGGAGCCGCAGCGCAUGGAACAGUUACAGAUGAAGAUCGUUUCAUCUUUGCGCGACCACGUGACUUACAACGCCGAGGCGCAGAGGAAGUCGCAGUACCUGUCUUAUUUACUAGGAAAGAUACCGGAGCUGAGGAGUCUCUCGGUCCAGGGUCUCCAGCGAAUCUUCUACCUGAAGCUGGAGGAUCUGGUGCCGGCGCCGCCUCUGAUCGAGACAAUGUUUGUCGGUAGUCUGCCCUUUUAAACCGAGCCGAGCGCAGUCUAUGGCUCGUCAGCACAUAGAACAAUUACUUUCUCAGAAACCCGUGCGGUUGCGUUAUCUUCAUUCUAAUUGCAUCCUUCUUAGUUCAUAUUACUACACGUAGCUUUAUUCUCUUCUUGCGUGUAACUUCUCGCGCGGUCUCGCAGGACAUUGCGAUUCUCGACGAAGCCUUAGUUGACAUCUUCUCGCGAAGAGUAUUAUGAAGGGUUCGUCGAGCAGGAAGAGCAAAGAGAACCAUUGCUGAUCGUACGAACGAGCGCGAAAAUUAUCCGUGCGAAUUCAAGGCGACCGGUAAACUUAAGAAAAAGUUCUACGCAUGUAUGUGCGAGUGAAUGUGUAUAUGCGUGAAUAAGCAAGCGUGUCUAUCAUGUGCGAAUGCGAAUGUACAGAAUGCAUGGACGCAGGUCUCUGCAUGCGCGACGAGUGGCGGGCGUCGAAGACGUCGCCGUUACUAUUAGUAGUAAGCUACUAAUUACUAAUUAUUAUUGCUGACGAGUGAAUCGGCGCAAGCGGAAAGUGGGCGUGAGGCGAGUCGCGAGGCGGUUUCGCUAUUCUCCCUCUUCUAGCCUGUAGCAGAUUUCGUGCGGACUCGGAUGCGAACGAAAGGGGGGAAUUCCUCUCUCUGAGACAGAAAGAUUUUCCGCGCGAAGAACGCGAAUUUUUCUCACUUUUCUAUCUAGUUUGUACGAGACUCUCCUUGCCUCGCCUCGCCUCGUCGUUCCCGCGACUAACGCGCGACCCCUCACUUCUCGAACAUCUCGGUAAUAUCUUCGGCAAUACCUUGCCCGUCGCUGGAAAACGCAUCGGCGAUUCGCAACAUAUCAGAGCAACGGCGAGGAAAGCGGAUGACGCUUUCCCGUCUUGACAGUAGACGUAGGAUGUGACUGUCAGUUACGCCCUCGACGGCCGGACGAUGCCGAGUGCAAAUGCAUCGAUUGAUUAUCCAAAUGCGUAUAAAAAAUUGAUUGAUGCAAUUCUACGUCGAAUUAAAUAUAUAUAUGCGUGUAUAUAUAUUUAUUAUUUCGCCUUUUCUUGUUUUCAUAUCAUAGUCAUAUCUGUCCUAAUAAUGUGCGCUUUGGAUUCAAGUCAAAUUGAUGGAUCAAGCACGACAAAGAAUGAGAAACUAAAUGAUAGAAACUGGAAUGUGAGAGUAAACUGUGAAAUUCAUGCGCAUUCAGCGGAUUGCAAUCAUGUUUCUUGGAUAUUGGAAAAUGAGUUUAGAAACGCGGUGAGCUAUUAUUUUAUGAGUUUAAGGGAGAACCUUUUAGAUUGUGAAUUAUACUAGAUAGAUUUCAAUCGUAGUAUUUUUAUAGAUACUUUUUACACAUUUUAUAUACGUCAGUCGUUAAGGAUAUUAUCAAGAAUUUCAACAAAUAUAUAUUUCAGAUAUUAAUUAAAUCGUAAAUAUUUACUACACACUUUUACAAGCAUUUUACACAACUAGAUCCAUCCCAGUAAUUUCCAAUUGCAUAGCUUCGCUAUAUAAAUUAUUAAUUAACGGAAAAAGUUUAAUUCGCGCACCUUUCAAUUCAAUCGCAUAUUUUAAUAUCGAAAUUAGAAUAAUUUCUACAAAUGGAUUUUAC